AUGUCGCUGUCGCCGUCUGUAGACCGCGGCGGGUUGAGCAGUCGGCGUCCCCGCGCGCCUCUAAUGUGUCAGCGCCAAAGAGCCGGAAAAAAAACUUCGGCAAAAAUGGCGGAGGGUGCAACGUCUCUGAAAGGGUUGCGGGCGCAAAUGGCUGCAGCUGCGCAGGCGCAGGCAGAGGAACGGCGCAACCAGGCAGGGAACAGCCCAACACCAGCAGCUCCAGCCAGCACAAUGAAGAGCCAAACCAGGCCAGUCAUUGAUGGGGCAGCCUUGAGGAUAGACGACAAACUCAGAGUGGCCAAAGAAAGGAGAGAAGAGCAGGAAAAGCAACAUGCGGCCCGUGAGACUCAGAUCCUGGAGCGAGAGCGCAAGACCCGGCUGCAGGUGGAGAGACAAAUGGAGGAGAGACAGAAGAAGCUGGAAGAGCAGCGCAGGAAGGAGGAACAGAGGAGAGCUGCAGUGGAGGAGAAAAGGAAACAGAAAUUAGAGGAAGAAAAGGAGCACUAUGAGGCCGUGAUGAGACGUACCCUGGAGCGUAGCCAGCGAGUAGAGCAGAGACAGAAGAGAUGGUCCUGGGGUGGACUUUCAGACUCUGACAACAAAAAUGGACAGAGUGACAGUGGCUCCGCCUCCUCCCCGAUUGCUAUAGUAAUCUCCCCUGCUUCUCCAGCCACCAAGCCACCCAGGAAUCAGACGUCACAAGACAAGCGCUCUUCCUCUACUACAAACCUGAAACAUACUGACUCAGUCAUCAGCAAGCGUCUCUCCUCAUCCUCAGCCACCCUCCUUAAUUCUCCUGAUAAAAGUGCAAAGAGGAGAAGUUCGUCUUUGAACCGGUUGCCUAGCAAUGUUCCUCAGUCCUCUAAAGAAGUGCAUAAGCAGCCUCAGGUGGAAAAGACAGGCCCAAUCCUGAAGAAGCGAAGCUCCUCCCUCUCUCGAGUAGGGGCUAAAACGCAGCCCGUCACCAAACCAGAGAAAUCCACAGCAGAUGAAUCAGCAUUGAGAAAAGCUGAGAAAGAGAAACGCUUCACGUCACCAGUAGGAAAACGCCCUGCCUCACCCUCUAGUCGUCAUCGAUCCCCGUCUCCUUCUCCUGCUGCUAACACCACUACAAGAGCGCCCUCACCUGGAGCAGCCAAGCAGAGUCCACAUUUCCGCACUCCUUCCCCCAGUGGUUCGAAACAGCGGCCUCCAUCCCCUCAGCCUUCUGCCACAUCCAAACCUCCACCCAUCCAGAAACCUGCUCUCACCCCCACCGGCCCGCCCACCCUUCGCAAGAGGGACUCCAAGCCAAACGAUAUGUCUCCCAUGAUGCCUGUCACUCCACAGUCUCCAGAAACCAGCACGCCCAGCCCGACACCCGCACCCAAGACCAAAGAGGAAUCCAGUUCCAAAGCAGGAAUCGCAGGAACUAACUCCGCUGCAGAGGCUUCCAAGAUCCUGGCGGAGAACCGGCGUCUGGCACGCGAGCAGAAAGAGAAAGAAGAGCAACUCCGCAUACAGAAAGAAGAAGAGGAGAAGCUGAGGAAAGAGGAGGAGAAGCGGCUGGCGGAGGAGGAGCGCUUGAGGCGUGCAGAGGAGGAGAAGAGGCUUGCGGAGGAGAGGAAGAGAGAAGAGGAGGUGCAGGCUCGUAUAGCAGAGGAGGAGAGACAGCGAAUGGAGCUGGAGGAGCAGCAAAGACAGACUGAGCUAGAGAAAGAGCGCGAGGAGGCUGAAGCAAAGGCCCAAGAGGAGGCAGAGAGGCAGCGUCAAGAGAGAGAACGCAUUAUGCAACAGAACCAACAGGAGCGCAUUGAGAGAAAGAAGAGAAUUGAAGAAAUUAUGAAGAGAACCAGAAAAACAGACCAAAUCGAUUUUAAGAGUAAUGAUGAGAGGGACAUUCCUGAUGAAAAUGGAGAGGAGGCUGAGGACCAAAUAUACUGUGAAAAUAAGGAGAAUCAGGCUGUCGAGUCAGAGCAGAAUGCCAUGCAGACAGAGCCAUCAGACUCUCAGAAGCAUCACUUACCUGUGGAGGAGCCAGUCAGCGAGCAAGAGGGGCCAGUUGAUAGUAUGAACACACAAACAGAUGUGGACAAUAAAGAGAACAGCAAUGGACCCAGCACAGAGGAUCCCUCAAUGGACAGCAGCCCCCCUCCCAAGUCCUGUCUGAUGGAGGGCUCGGAGUUUGUGAACGAGGACUCUAAAGUGAACAUGGUGCCAGGGUUGAAUGGUAAAGGAGGACCCUGGAGCUUUGAGGAGCUGAUCGAUCUGGGUGUUCAUGCGAAGAGCAAACCCCUGAUGGAUGAUGAGGGGCCUAGAGUGGCCUUUGAAGAGAAAACCAGCUCCAUUCAUCCAGCCCAGCCUAUUGAAGCUCUGUCCGAGAUGUGAAUGCGGAGGUCUGUGUUUAAGGCCUGCUGAUUAAUGCACUCCAUGAGUCACGUCCAGCUGAGCCUCAGUGUCAGCGCUCAGACUCGUCUGGACAGCCAGGGAAAGCGCACAGUGCCACACAGCCUCUGCAGAUAAUAGAUGGAUAAAGCAAGAGAAAAUAAAGACAAGUUGGAAGUAACAAGCUAAAGAAAUGAUUCAGGGAAAAUGAUAGAUUCCUUCAGUGUGCUUGCUUCGGCUCUACAUCUUUCUAAUAUUGACAUCAGGAUUAGUUUUUUCAUAUAUUUCUUAAAUUUGUUGUUUAGUUUUUUUUGUUGUUUUCAUCUUUUAAAUGUGGAGACAACUUAUUUAUUCAUGUGGCUUCUCCACAUUUAAACGGCUGCUGUCUUUUGACGGUUACCACGUGCACUUUUUUACUAAAUUCCAGUGCAGGUGUUCACGUGGCACAUACAAAUUCAUUAUAGCUUCAACUUAAGCAUUUUGUUGAAUAAUCUGGUUGGUUGAGUCAGUGUAAAGCGUUUUGAAAAAGGAAACUCUCACAUAUCUUCAGCUGACAGCUCAGCAAUGUGACCCAAAUGGGAACCUGUCGUUGAAACAUGAGGUUAGACGGGCUGCUAGUGCGGCAAAUCUCCAGUUCUAAUGUGACCUCAGGAUAUUUUCCUCUAAGCUUCUGUUUCUCCUCUCCAAAGGCAUAAACAUCACCACUGUAGUGUUUAACACUAUGUCCCUGUGCAACAACUGAAGCAUUCCUACUGUGUAACACUUGUAGAUAGCAAAUCUCACUCAAAAUGUUUCAUUAAAACCGUUUACCAGACUAAUUCUAAUUAAAAUUGAGUGCAAACAUGUUCAUACUGCCUUGAGCUCUUGAGAUUGAAGGAUGAUGGAGCUCAAUGCGGACUGAAAUAACACUUGUUGCUUUGGUUUAAUGAGGUUUUUAUGUCGUUCAUUCCUGUUUUGUAGUAAAUACCUAUAUUGUUGAUGUCCUGUUCUACCUGUACAUAAAUAUGACUAGUUGUCAAAUAUCUAAUUUAAGUGACCCUCAAUAUGUCUGCAUGAAUCUAUCUGCUACUAUAUUGCAUAAUAUAACACAGAGAAUUACUGUAAGUCUUACUUGCACACUUUCCACAUGUUUCUGUUCCCUGGAGUUUGAAGAAAUGUGUUCCAGUGGAUAAACUUGAAUGAUUUAAUGUUCUCCAAUUCCCAAAGUCCCCUCAGGGUUAUACUGUACUAUCAGUUUUUUUGUGUAUAUACAGUUACUGUUAGUUCUCACAUCCAUUCAUGGCCUAAAUAACCACACUAAGUGUAGUCCUCUCUUUGAAAAUGCACAAGUAUAUAUAUAUUAAAAACUCUUCUAAGUAUUAUGUAAAUCAGUAUUAGGCUGUCUGGCUAUACUUGUGGUUGGGAAUAAGAACUAGGCAGCAGGUUAGUGUGCUGUAUAGUGUGGUACAACACUGUACUGUAAGAUGAAACAGGCCAGAUGUAACUAACUGCACACAGCACCAGCGCACAUUUAUCUUUUUUGAACAGAGUGUGAAGUGAUGUGAGUUGGGAAAAAGAAAGUGGACAGAGUAUAAGCGAAGUCAAAAGGGCUUUUUGAUUAUGAAGCUGCUUUGAGGUGGAACAGCGAUCCAUUGAGCAUGUUGCCUCUCACUGAGGUUGAGAAAUGCAAUUUAAAUUUGCAGCUAGAGGAUUCAGGGGAAGUUCAAAUGAUUUAUGCACUAAUGGUGAGGAUUUGGCAUUCAAGCAUUUGGCUAUUGAUUUAAAUGUCCAGAAUGUUGUAAUGAAUGAUUGGUCUCCAUAUGCUUGAAGAGUUCAGAUGGCUUUGUGUACUGAAGUUGUGUAAAAUGUUGUUUUCUUUGAAAUAUUAUUUGCAGAGUAGUUUUACCAGUCAAAUGCCAGAAACAGUUAAGUUUGUGGUUAACCGGUAAGUAAAUUUCCUUAUUUGUAUAAUUCCAUCCGCGUUUAGGAAUACUGUAGAUCCCUCAAUAUGUAUUUAAUGUUCUUCUGUUAUUUUAUAUGCAACCGCCUUCUGUGAUUUUUAUCUUUUGUUGUAUAAUAGUCACUUUCCAGAUUGCUUUUUGACUCAGGCUCUUAAGUCUCCAGUGGAAAGUUGUUUGCGGAGGUUAGAAGUGUCCGGCACUUGGCAUGAGACUACUGUACAUGGGUUUGAGAUCAUUGCGAUUUCCUCGGUUUUGGCCUUUUAUACUCAUAAUACUUUGCAUUUCCAAAAUUGCUUCAGGUUGUGGUGUAGCUCAGUGGUUCCCAACCCUGGUCCUGUAGGCACCCCAACACUGCAUGUUUUGCAUGUCUCCUUAA